AUACCAAAACAAACAGUGUCCGACAUUGACCUCUACUCGAUUCUCGAAAUCUCGCGGGAAGCAACCAAAACCGACAUCAAANAAGCCUACCACAAAGCCGCGCGCGUGCACCACCCAGACAAGGUCCCCGAAGACCAACGCGCGGCCGCAGACGAUCGCUUCAAGGACAUACAACAAGCCUACGAGAUCCUCUCGGAUGACUCGACUCGCGAAAUGUACGAUGUGCACGGCAUGGCUGCGUUUGAAAAGGGGAAUCCUGGUGCAGGAGGGGCAGGGCCGGAUUUGGACGAUAUCCUUGCGCAAAUGUUUGGGCAGGGGAUGGGUGGGAUGGGGGUGGGUUUGANNGGGUAUGGGGGCAUGCCGGGGAUGGGAGGCAUGGGUGGUGGCAGAGGUGGCCCACGCAAGAGCAAGAAUGAAGUUCAAGAGUACGAGGUUUCGCUCGAGGAACUGUACAAGGGCAAAACGACACGGUUCGCCAGCACCAAGAACGUCAUCUGUGGGAACUGCGAGGGCAGUGGUGGAAAGGCGAAUGCAAAGCCAAAGAAGUGCGGUACUUGUGAUGGCAGAGGCUCCAAGAUCGCUCUCAGACCCGUAGGCCCCGGCCUCGUCACCCAAGAAACCGUACCUUGCAGCACCUGCUCCGGCCGCGGCUCCUUCUUCUCCGACGACAAGAAGUGCAAANAAUGCAAAGGCGCACGCACAACCUCGCAACGCAAGAUCCUCGAACUCUACAUCCCGCCAGGCUCGCGUCAAGGCGACAAGAUCGUGCUGUCGGGAGAAGCAGACCAAGUCCCCGACCAAGAACCCGGCGACAUCAUUUUCGAGUUGGUCGAAACACCACACGAGCAUUUCCAUCGCGCGGGAGCAGACUUGCAGGCAGAGCUGAAGGUGAGUCUGCAAGAAGCGCUCACGGGUUUCAACCGCGUGGUGCUCAAACACUUGGACGGCAGAGGUAUCUCGUUGCAAGUCACUCAACCGGCAGGUCGCAUCCUGCGUCCGGGCGAGAUUCUCAAGAUUGCCGGCGAGGGCAUGCCCAUCAAGCGCUCAGAUGCAAAGGGAGACUUGUACUUGAUCGUCGACGUCGUGUUCCCCGAAGACGGCUGGUUGAGGAACCAAGAAACCAUCAACAAAAUCAGAGACGUGUUGCCUACCACCGGCACGGAAACCAUCACAGCAGAAGAGGUGGACGAGUGCGAUUGGGAAGUUGUCAAAGACAUGGAGGACUUUGGCGCUGGAUCAGGGGACCCGAGGGCCGCCGAGUGGGAAGACGAUUCUGAAGAGGAAGGUGAGGCUGCUCAGUGCGCGCAGCAAUAA